AUGCGCGACAAGUCCGAUUUGAUAUCUGUUGAGCCCUACUCGACACCGUUCACAGUCGCUGUAGCUAGCUUCGCGAACAUAUUCUGCAUCGGCUCAGUCUACGCUCUGAGCACGCUCCAAGCACAGCUACCUCGUCUGUUUGCAAUAUCUGAUGCAUAUAGCUUCGCGCCAUUUGGCGUAGCAUGCCUGGGUCUUUCAAUCGGUGUCAUGUCGAGCGCCUCGAUGAUUGUUCAGAGCGGAGCCCACGUCACAGUCGCCAGAGGCACGACCCUCUGGGGAAUUGCAGUAAUCAGUGCCGGCCUAUCCCUCAAAAGCCUCAAAUUUGGACUCAUGCUGAUAUGCUUCCUUCUUGGCGGACUGGGUAUUGGAUGGACAUACCUGGCGGUGGUUGUAUUGAUUGGCCAGGGGCUUCCGAGGCACGCACUCGCCCAGAGUGCAAUUGGACCUUUAGGGUUCUCAACUGCCACAGCCACGUGUUUCCUCUUAUCUUCUGUUUUUGGGGUGAACACAGCUGAUGCAGAGACCCUGGGUCGGAUGCUUGUGCUUCUAGGAAUGACAUUCGCUGCCGUUGGGAGAUCCACCCAGCUCUUAUUAUCUGAUUUCCCUAAGAACUCCGCGGUCGGGGCUUCAAAAACAUUAUCAAGAAAUUCCGAUCCUUUCUUUUCGAUCCUGCUCUUCUUCAACACACUGCCAGGAAUGACGGUUUUCACUGGCUUACGGCCCCUUGCCUCCCACUAUACGAACGGAACUGACUACGAUACAAUGUGGAUCUUGUCGUAUUGUAUGCUUGCUCUCGCAUUCGGCGGAGCUCUGGCACCCAGCGUCUAUGCAUACUUAGGAGCCAGACUGACAUUUGUCGGUAUUCUUUGCUUGCGGGGAGCGCUUCUUAUCUUGCUUUCGCAGUUUGAAAGUUCCACAAACGCAAUAUGUUCCAUGCUGGCAAUUCUUUUCGCCCAUGGUGCUGGAUUUAGCAUUCUUCCGGGGCUGAUCAAGGCACAAAGCAACAAUCAGCAGCUAUUCUAUUUCAAUUACGGUAGAGUGCUGAUUGCCUGGGGCAUGUCAGGAAUUGUCGGUUGUAUCUUGAACUCGAUCAUUCUAUCUCCAGUUAAUGCGGUACCCACAGGUGGGCUCAUGCUUGGCUUGUUGACAUUAUCAUUCGGUAUUACUCUCCACUUUGUGCCGACCGUUGGAGCUGAUCUUCUAGCAUGA